CCCCGGGAACAGGAAUAUCUUUGUGCCCGGGGUCACAAGCAAUCCGCUUCCAACACAAUCGCAUCCCUCCCUCGAUUUGUGCAUCUUCGUGCAGCACCCAACUGAUUCUCCCUUAAAAUCGAAUAGAAACCCUAACAGCUCCUAAAACCCGUAAAUCCGUUCCAAUACCUCAACGCUGGAUUCCUCUCAUCCUAAAGCUUGAAGUGCCCCAAUCCUUAUCCCAGUUCAGUCCUAAGCCUGAACCCCCCAGCCUUCCGAUUUCCCUUUCAAGAAAUAGAAUGCACUUUUCGCAGCCAGUCUGUUCUUUUCAUCUUUUGUGAAGGCAUGAGUUGUGCGAACGGUCGGGUGUUUGGUGCUGAGAGCAAGGCUCAUGAACGAAUUGAUCGAGCUCAAUGUCAAAACACAUGUGAGAGAGAUGGUAGCUCUGGGCCUCAAGGAAUCUCCAAUUGCAACGUGCCAGGAAAUCGCAUUGAUUUUUUACCCGAAAGCAGAACGGAUGGGCACAUUUCUAGUACGUCAAAUGAUAGUGAUACUGUGGCUGAAAGAGAUGCCGGUUUUCACAGUGAGGACCAGAGAUCACUGGAUUAUCUGAGGCAGCAGACGGGCCCAACCUUGGAAGAGCAUUCUGACGACGAUGACGAUGACUGGGAGCCCUCACAGGAUCAUGCAGUUAGCAACAAGUGGUUUUGUGCUAACUGUACAGUGGGAAACUUUGAGGAUGUUCUCCACUGUAAGGGCUGCAGAGAGUGUAAGGAAUAUGAAAUCCCCAGGCACAGUUUUUCUUCAUCACAUAUUGAUGGAGAAGUUGUCACUGAUGAUGUCGAUUCGAAAGUAAUUGGUAGUUAUGGAGAUUUAUGCACAAAGGAAGCAGCCUUGGGCAAUCGCACAGUAAUUGGUUUUGAUGAGAGGAUGCUGCUUCACUCAGAGGUUGAAAUGAAGCCACAUCCACACCCAGAAAGGCCAGAUCGACUUCGAGCAAUUAUGGCCGAUCUUGCUACUACUGGAAUAUUUCCUGGAAAAUGCUUUCCGGUACCUUCGAGAGAAAUUACACAAGAAGAGCUUCAGAUGGUCCACUCUUUGGAGCACAUAGAAGCUGUUGAACUUACAAGAUCCAUGCUAUUUAGCUAUUUCACUCCAGACACAUAUGCUAAUGAGCAUUCAGCACAUGCUGCAAGACUUGCAGCCGGACUUUGUGCGGAUCUUGCUACAGUAAUUAUGUCGGGACGAGCCAAGAACGGUUUUGCUUUGGUCAGGCCUCCUGGGCAUCAUGCGGGUAUAAAACAAGCCAUGGGGUUCUGUCUCCACAAUAAUGCAGCAGUUGCUGCAUUUGCAGCGCAGUCUGCAGGUGCCAAGAAAGUGUUAAUUGUUGAUUGGGAUGUACACCACGGCAAUGGUACACAAGAAAUCUUUGAUGGAAACAGAUCGGUUUUGUAUAUAUCUUUACAUAGACAUGAUUAUGGAUUGUUUUAUCCUGGCACUGGUGCAGCUAAUGAGGUCGGGAUCAUGGGUGCAGAAGGAUAUUCUGUGAAUGUGCCUUGGAAGCGUGGGGGAGUUGGGGAUGAUGAUUACAUUUUUGCAUUCCAGCAUGUUGUUCUUCCCAUAGCUUUAGAGUUUGACCCAGAUCUAACCAUUAUAUCAGCUGGAUUUGAUGCUGCAAGGGGUGAUCCGCUCGGCGGUUGUGAUGUAACCCCUGGCGGGUUUGCUAAAAUGGCAUACAUGUUGAGUGGUCUUUCUCAAGGAAAAUUGCUUGUUAUUCUUGAGGGAGGCUACAAUCUGCAUUCAAUAUCAUCUUCAGCUGUAGCAGUGAUAAAGGUACUACUUGGUGAACAUUAUUCAUUUGAUAUGGAUAGUGCUGUCCCUUCUAAUGCUGGACUACAAACUGUUUUGGAAGUCUUGCAAGUUCAACUUAAAUUCUGGCCUAUCCUUGAGUCGAACUAUAUUCAAUUGCUAUCACAGUGGAAAUCAGUUUCUUUAGAGAUGAGAAAGAGACGGGCCAAGAAAGGAAAGCGUGCAUUCAUCCCGAUAUGGUGGAAAUGGGGCCGCAAGAGGUCAAUGUACCAUCUUCUCUAUUAUGGUAAAUUUUAUCAAUCGAGGGCAAAGCGGCAUGCAAAGUGUUUGCACCUCAACAUUCCUUGAUUAGGAGGGCACCCAUGGUGCUGUAGACUGUAACCUGCAUGUGUUGGGCUUUUUCCCUCUCCUUUUCUUUUUCCUCUCUUGGUAGUAUCAUAGUUGGGGAAUUAUAAUGAUAUGUUGUUGAAGCAAAGCAAUCCUCUUGUCAGGCUAUAUGAAGGCCUCUGUUUGUCUUACAAUGAUGUCAGCAGAUUGAUGGAUGUUCUACUGUUCAUAUGCUUGCUUUUUCUGAUGAUGGUUUUUGCUUUGGAUUUCUCA